UAAGACAAAGGCGGCCCACUUUCCUCUCUCCGCACUCAGACAUCAGUUUUGUUUGGGGCGGGAUUAGUCAUUGCAAUAUUGAGUCAACGCAGCUGCACUCUCCCGCACACAACAUGCAGUCCAAGUAAUAUUCCAUACCUAGAAGCGAAUCGCACAAGCACAGCUGCGGGCAAUACUCUUCUGUUCCCAUUUCUAUGAUGCAUGCUGUGAUGGCCAAACGUCUGCUGCCGCAUGAACCCUCGUUCGAGGGGGCUGGUCCCGAUGAGCUGGACAGCCCAGCCAUAGAGGCGGCGGCCCUAGACAUACCCCCGCAAGUAGCAGAUAAGGCUCUUCAAAAAGGUUUAUGGGAGCGUCCCUCAUCGACCACCGCAUAUGAGCCACCCAGCGAGGGAACUGUGCUGCGCUUUGACAUUCUGCUCGCCCAUAUCAUGCCCCCGGACGGGGAGGAUGUUAAAAUCAAGCGCUAUGUGGUCUACGAGCUCACGGUGCGCCAGGACGGCACCGAAGAAGACGCACAGCCAGCAAAGGUCGAGCGCCGCUAUACCGAUUUUCGUGAGCUUUAUCUGGGACUGAAGCGCCAGCAUCCCGCAGAGAUGGCGAACAUGUACUUCCCCAACAAGGUGCUCAUGGGCAACUUCAAGUCCGAGUUGAUUGGCGAACGAAGCGCUGCCUUUGAGCAGUUCCUGACGUACGUGGCCAGCCACUCCAAGCUGCGCGAUUCGGACGACUUUUUGCACUUUCUGCAGAACGACGAGCUGAGCCGGGCAUGCCAGUUCUUGGACGAGCGUCGCCACGAGAACGCAAUUCCCAUACUCGAGAACUGUUUUCGUCUGCUGAACAAAAUCUUCAUGAAUCGCGCUCGUCCAGUACUUUUGAUACUCUGCCGCCUGGUGGCGGCUUGCACUUCUUCGCCAGUGCCCCACCACUCCGCCGAGCGCUGGGCUCUAUUGGCCCUGAGUCGCUUUGAGACCGUAAGCGACAUUGAUCUGCUGCCGCUCUAUAUACCCCUGCUCCACACCUGUGCUCAUUUGUGGUGGCAACGCGGGCAGGACCAAAAGCCCAUCACUGAUCGUCUAACGGAAAUGUCAAAGCAGGGCAUCAACACGGCACACACAGCUAGCCUCAUGCAGGCUAUACACAAGAUCGAUCCGCGCACCGAAACCUUUUAAGUCUCCCCCGUAGCAGCUAAGCGAAAAGUGCAAUUAGACAACAUGUGCAAUUAGUAUUAAGCGUAAAAUGAUUCUUUGAGUCGUAGUUCUCGCACGUUUGAUGUCUUAGAUGUCUCUUUGUUGUGUCGUCCCAAGUGGAGUUGUGCGAGUUUCAAAUCUGUUUAACCACUAAAAGAAAAUUGUAAUUUCGUGCCUGGUGGCAUCAUAUCAGAAAGGAGAUCCUCAUACAAUAUCAUUUCUAUGUAAAAUUGAAAGCACAGCUUCCAGAAUUAUUUAUUUUUGUUUGUUUUGCGGCUUCGGCCUACCGCUAUCGAAUUGUUUCUUGUUUUCUCUAUGAAUAAAUACCAUACUCAUAAGUAAAUACCAUGAUUAAAUACCAUACUGAUACUGCA